AUGUCCAUGCCUUAUGUCAACAUGGCGGGAUGGAGAGUCGGAAAGAGUUUCUCGAAAGAAGAGAUCAGCUUUCUAAGGCCCGAGCUGGCACAAAAGAUGGAGGAAAUCCGCUCUUUCUUGCGAGGGCUCGGGGAUCGACAAACCAUCCGCAUCCCCCUGACUGCGAUGAACAAGAAAUUCUUCCUGAAGGACGGCCAAACUUGGGAUGCUCUGUUCAAGGUGAUUUCCUGGUCAUGUCAUUCAUUGCUAUCUGGGGUUUUUCCGUCGCACCGGACCAAGCUGUGGAACAAUGCCGAUUCGCCGAUAUUCGAAGCACCAUUCGUGGAUAUCCACACCUUUUGCAUCGACUGGCUGCAUUGUUGCGACCUUGGUGUAUGCCAAGAUUAUUUGGGGAAUGCCAUGUGGUUGAUCGCUACGAAGCUCCCGGGCGACACUAUGGAUCAACGAACCCGGGCACUUUUCGAUGAUAUCCGCCAGUACUAUGCUGCCAGUCGAUGCGAGAACCAGCUGAGCACGCUUACGCCAUUGAUGCUUCGUAAGGCCGCCUCAAAGGCUCCGAAGCUGAGAUCGAAAGCAGGAGAAGCCAGAUCGCUGGUGGAUUGGGUGGUGGCAGCAUGCGAUAAGUAUUUGCAAGGCUCAUACGGGCUGUCGUCUGAGGAGUAUGCAUGUCGUCUGGCAUCGAAACAUUUGCAGGCAUGCUACAGGAAUCUCCCUGCAGAGAGCUUCGAUGCCGAUGAUCUUGCUUUCCAUUGCAAGCAGUUCCUGCACUUGUGCCAUGGCGGCAUUUUAUGUUAA